AUGUACUUUGAUCCGAUCUCCACACAUUUCGAACUGUGCCCAACGAAAGACAUGUUUGAAAGCGACAAGUUCUGCGUUGAGUCUUCCCAGAGUGAGCUGAUGUCCGAGGCGAAGUCCCCCGACUCUGGCCCAACCAGUCCUAUCUCGGUCAACUCUGACUCCAGCUGCGCCAGUCCUGAGCCGAAACCAUCCGCAGAGACGCGGGUCAGAAGGCCGCUGAACGCCUUUAUUAUCUGGACUAAGGAGGAACGCAGACGCUUGGCCCAACUCAACCCUGACCUGGAGAAUACCGACCUCAGCAAAAUUCUCGGUAAGACCUGGAAGGCCAUGUCUCUGGCAGAGAAGCGGUCCUACAUGCAGGAGGCAGAGCGCCUGAGAGUACAGCACACCGUUGACCAUCCCAACUACAAGUACCGGCCUCGCAGGAAGAAGCAGCUGAAGAAGGGCCCCAAAGGGCCCCUGCCUGUGGAGACCACUGUCCCUCUCUCCACCCUCUGCAGUAAAGGCUUUACCGUGCCUUAUGACCUCAACUACCUCAUCCAGAACCAGUCCAAUCAGCAGCAAGCCUACCCACAUCCAGCCACCUACCCAUCCUCCCAGGCAAACUUUUCCCAUUUUCCCACGGAGACCUUCACAGACAGGUUCAUUUACACAAAUCCAGCAGCCACAUUCUCUAACAAGCCUCUAAUGUACUCUAACACUGAGGCAUACCCAGCAGAGCCUCAUCCGUACUACUCUGCCCAGCAUGGGCUGCAGCAGUGUGGGCCCCCCAACCCAGCCUGUGCUAUGUCUCACGGGGAGCAGGGGAACUUCAGGGCCUCGGGCCCCCAGCUGUGCCCCCCUACUGGACCCUCUCUGGAGUUCUAUCUGGAGCAGGUUCAGCUGGACAUGCUCUAUGAUCUGGAUCCCAGUGAGUUCGAACAGUACUUUGGCCCGUCCACAUGCCAGCCUGAGCCACUGGCGUAA